AUGCCUCUCCCGCUAGGAAAAACCGUCAAAUCCCGCGCCGAUGUCUCCGACGACGAGAACGACUACGAAGAGUAUUCGGGAGACGACUCGUCCGCAUCCAUCAUUGAGACUGGUGAAGGCGAUGAGGUCGACAUCCUGAGCUCUUCCGACGAAGACGCAGAAGAGGACGUCAAGGAUAAGCUGAGCAACAUCUCGUUCGGCACACUGUCAAGAGCCCAGGAGUCCAUAUCGAAGAAACGCAAGAGAGCCACAGGAGACGACGACGAGAAGGAGGACAAACUAGAAGCUCUUCGCGCUCGUCUGCGAGAGUUGAGAGAGUCCAAAGGCGUAGAGGCCGCUCCCAAGAAGAACAAGAAGGAGGCAGAAAGGUCUUCGAGCAAACCUGCAGCCAAGAAAUCACGAGCAGCAAAGGACGCCAGCGACGACAGCGCUUCGGAUGGCAGCGACAGCGACUCGGACGAAGAUGGUCCUCCCCACGCUCGUAGUUCCAAGCACGCACCCAUGGCACAAGCAUCCAACAGACAGGUCACACGCAAACGCCAGGUCAUCGAUGUGCCCAAGCGCCAAAUCCGUGACCCUCGUUUCGGCCCACUAGGCGGUCCCGUAGAUGACACGGCACUUGCGAAGAAAUAUUCCUUCAUCAACGACUACCAGGAUUCGGAAAUGGCCGAGCUAAAGGCCGCUAUCAAGAAGACCAAGAGCGAAGACGACAAGGCAGUCCUCAAGCGCAAGUUGCUCAGCAUGGAGAGUAAGAAGAAAGCUCGCGAGAACAAGGAAAGAGAACAGGAAGUGAUACGCGACCACCGCAAGAAGGAGAAGGAAGCCAUUGCACAGGGCAAGAAUCCCUUUUACUUGAAGAAGUCGGACCAGAAGAAGCAAGCCCUGGUCAACAAGUUCGACAGCAUGAAGUCCAAGGACAGAGAAAGACUCAUCGAGAGACGCAGAAAGAAGGUCUCGCAANAGGAGAAGAAAAACAUGCCCGCUCCCAGACGCAUGUAA